ACCUUUUUCCUCAACACCAAAGUUGAUACGAACUUUCCCUUUUCAUCCCAUUUCAUAGCUUAUAAAAUCGCGUUUUCAUCAUCACUGUUCAUUUCCGCAUAAAUCUCAAAUCCAACUUAUUUUAUUCUCUUAAUCAUCAUCAUCUCUUCGAUCUGUAAGUAUAUUAUUCAAUCACUGUAAAUUUUCCAUUUCAAUUAUCUUCAGCUACCAACUUAGAACUUAGAAUAAUCACUUUUUUAAGAUCCAUUAUUACUAUUUGCCAACUUAUUACUUAGAAUAAUCGCUUUCAAGAAUAUACAUAUGACUUCUGGCAGCUGUAUUGGAAUUUCUACCAUGAAGCCUUGUUGUAGAAUCCUAACUAAAACCCCAAUUAUUUCGGGUUUUUCUCCGAUUAAGAUUACUGAUUCAUCAAUAAUGAGGAUUUUGUCCCGAUCAAGAUCAAGCCAUAGAUACUAUAGAUGUAAUAAGAUUGUAGGUUGUAUACAUGUGACUAAUUUGAAUCGGAGAGAUUUUAGUAUUACCGAUUCAAAUUGGGGUCAGUCUAGGAAUUUUAGCACGGGUUUUUGUGUUAAAAUUGGUAGAAUUAGACCUAGGGUUGUAUCAUUGAUACCGAAUGUAGCUUCGAAUUUUAGAAAUGAGUCUACGUCGGUUGAUUCUAAUAAUGUUAAUGACAAAAGCUUUGAGAAUAUUUUCAUUCAAACCAGUUUGAAUGGGAAGCCGUUAGAGUGUGAAGAAAUUGAGACUGAUGAUAGAAGGAAAUUGGAAGAAGAGGACGGGUUGAAUGUAAAUUUAGAUAAUAAUUUGAACGAUUUGAGUGAGGUUAAAGUUGGGAGGGAGCUUUCUGAGAUUGAAAAGGAAGCUUGGGAGUUGCUUCGGAGUUCGGUUGUUACGUACUGUGGGAAUCCGGUUGGGACUGUUGCAGCGAAUGAUGCUGCUGAUAAUCAGCCUCUGAAUUAUGAUCAAGUUUUUAUUCGUGAUUUUGUUCCAUCCGCACUUGCGUUCCUGCUCAACGGUGAAGGGGAGAUUGUCAAGAAUUUUCUACUUCACACAUUGCAAUUGCAGAGUUGGGAAAAGACUGUUGACUGCUACAGCCCAGGGCAAGGAUUGAUGCCAGCAAGUUUCAAAGUUAGAACUGUUGCUCUUGAUGGAAGUAACGAAGCAUUUGAGGAAGUUUCAGAUCCUGAUUUCGGUGAAUCAGCAAUAGGCCGUGUUGCCCCUGUCGAUUCGGGAUUGUGGUGGAUUGUAUUGUUAAGAGCAUACGGUAAAUUAACGGGCGACUAUUCAUUGCAAGAAAGAGUGGAUGUCCAGACCGGCAUAAGACUGAUCCUUAAGCUGUGUCUAACCGAUGGAUUUGACAUGUUUCCCACUUUACUAGUCACCGAUGGUUCUUGCAUGAUUGAUAGAAGGAUGGGAAUUCACGGUCACCCUCUUGAGAUACAAGCAUUAUUUUACUCUGCUUUACGCUGUUCCCGUGAGAUGCUGAUAGUGAAUGAUACAACAAGUAAUCUCGUGUCUGCAGUUAGUAAUCGCCUUAGUGCACUCAUGUUUCACAUGAGAGAAUAUUAUUGGGUUAACAUGAAGAAGAUUAAUGAAAUUUAUCGGUACAAGACGGAAGAGUAUUCUACUGAUGCUGUCAACAAGUUUAACAUCUAUCCAGAGCAAAUUCCCUCAUGGCUUGUGGACUGGAUAUCUGAGGAAGGUGGAUACUUCAUUGGAAAUCUGCAACCUGCUCACAUGGACUUCAGAUUUUUCACACUUGGGAACCUUUGGGCCAUUGUCUCUUCUUUAGGUACAACAAGACAGAACGAGGGCAUUUUGAAUUUAAUCGAUGCCAAAUGGGAUGAUAUCAUUGGUCAAAUGCCUCUCAAGAUAUGUUAUCCAGCGUUGGAGGGUGAAGAAUGGCGUAUAAUUACUGGUUGUGACCCCAAGAACACCCCUUGGUCAUAUCACAAUGGCGGAUCUUGGCCAACACUUCUCUGGCAGUUCACUUUAGCAUGCAUCAAGAUGGGCAGGUCUGAAUUAGCACAGAAGGCAGUUGAUUUAGCAGAAAAAAGACUUAGUGCGGACCAAUGGCCAGAAUAUUACGAUACUAGAAAUGGAAAGUUUAUUGGGAAGCAAUCAAGGUUGAUGCAGACAUGGACAAUUGCUGGUUUUCUUACCUCAAAGAUGCUUCUAAAAAAUCCAGAGAAAGCAUCUUUGUUGUUUUGGGAAGAGGAUUUUGAAAUUCUUCAGAAUUGUGUCUGCAUGCUUAACAAAACUGGUAAAACAAAGUGUUCCCGUUUUGCAGCAAGAUCUAAGACUCUUGUUUAAUAAUGACAUGUCUUCUUCUUCUACAGUCUCUGUUGUUUAACAAUAACAGUACUAGAGUUAUUGCUACUACUACUGUUUGAACUCUCUUUCAACUUUCAAGGUGUUGUCACAUAUACAAAAGUGUUAUUGUUGAUACUAUAGUACGAUGAUGGACUUCACUUUUCAGAAUUUUAUCUGUGUAACAGAGUUCUGUAACAUCAUUAACUAUGUGGGGUUAACUCAUUCCACGUAGAUGCAUGUUCCCCCACUGUUUAUUUUUUUUACUGUGACUGCAUGUGCCAUGUGGCUUCACUGUGUAUCUGACUAGAACAAUAGUCAAAUUGUUUUUCUUGUUGAAAUAAAUAGUACUGAAAAUAUUUAUUUAUUUCAAUUUGAAGUCAUGUAUUAUCCAUAGAUUAAUUACUGA